GAGGAAGGAGUUCAGUUUUUGCCGCGAAACGGGCGCAACGAGCAGCAUUGUGUGCAGUAUUCUGACUGAACACACGGCAUCUGAACUCAGAAAAACCCGGUCCACGGUACCACGUUUGGCUUUGUAGUUUUAUCCAUCGAUCUAGGUCAACAUGUCUGGCUUUGACGACCCGGGAGUUUACUACAGCGACAACUUCGGUGCCGGAGACGGACCCGGUCUGGAUGAAGGCGGACAGAAGCGGAUCCAGAUCAAGAAACGGUUCCGAGAGUUUCUGCGCCAGUUUAGAGUGGGUACCGAUCGAACCGGCUUCACGUACAAAUACAGGGAUGAGUUGAAGAGGCACUACACCCUGGGUGAGUACUGGGUCGAGGUGGAGAUGGAAGACCUCGCCAGCUUUGAUGAAGAUCUGUCCGACUGUCUGUAUAAACUGCCCACUGAGAACCUACCUCUGCUGGAAGAAGCUGCUAAGGAGGUUGCUGAUGAGGUGACCCGUCCACGGCCCAUGGGGGAAGAGACGGUGCAGGACAUUCAGGUCAUGUUGAAGAGUGACGCCCAUCACGCUUCUAUUCGCAACCUGAAGUCGGAGCAGGUGUCUCGUUUGGUGAAGGUUCACGGCAUCAUCAUCUCAGCCACAGCAGUGAAGGCCAAGGCCACCAAGGUGUGUCUGCAGUGUCGUGGGUGUCGUAACACCAUCAGUAACAUCCAGCUGGCUCCGGGCCUGCAGGGAUACGCUCUGCCACGCAAGUGUAACGCUGAUAACACUGGGAGGGCAAAGUGUCCUGUGGACCCUUACUUCAUCAUCCCCGACCGCUGCGUUUGUGUCGACUUCCAAACGCUCCGUCUGCAGGAGUCUCCAGAUGCCGUUCCCCAUGGAGAGAUGCCCCGUCACCUCCAGCUCUACUGUGAUCGGUAUCUGUGUGACCGUGUGGUUCCAGGAAACCGGGUGACCAUCAUGGGGAUCUACUCCAUCAAGAAGAUGGCCGCUGCCAAGGCCAAAGGCAAGGAGAAGUCUGCGGGUGUGGGCAUCCGAGCCUCCUACCUGCGAGUGGUGGGCAUCCAGAUGGACACAGAGGGAGCAGGUCGUGGUGCUACCGGCUCUGUGUCUCCACAGGAAGAGGAGGAGCUGAGGUCACUGGCUGCCACUCCUGGCGUCUACUCCUCUCUGGCUCGUUCAGUUGCUCCGUCUAUCUAUGGCAGCGAUGACCUGAAGAAAGCCAUCACCUGUCUGUUAUUUGGAGGCUCUAGGAAGAGGCUGCCUGAUGGUCUGACUCGGAGAGGAGACAUCAACCUGCUGAUGCUCGGAGAUCCUGGAACCGCCAAGUCCCAGCCUAAGUUUGUGGAGAGGUGUUCACCCAUCGGGGUUUACACCUCUGGUAAAGGCAGCAGUGGCGGCCUGACUGCGUCUGUGUUGAGGGACCGCACUCGAGGAUUCAUCAUGGAGGGAGGGGCUAUGGUGUUGGCUGACGGUGGAGUUUGUGUGUAUCGAUGAGUUGACAAGAUGAGAGAAGACGACAGAGUGGCUAUCCACGAAGCCAUGGAGCAGCAAACCAUCUCCAUUGCCAAGGCCGGCAUCACCACCACUCUGAACUCCCGCUGCUGUUUGGCUGCAGCCAAUUCAGUGUCGGCCGCUGGGAUGGACACCAAGGGGGAAGACAACAUUGACUUCAUGCCUACCAUCCUGUCCCGUUUUGAUAUGAUCUUCAUCAUCAAAGACCAGCAUGACCAGCAAAGGGACAUGACACUGGCUCGUCACGUGAUGAAUGUUCACCUGAGCGCUCAGACCCAAACCGAAGGCGUGGAGGGCGAGAUCCCACUGGCCACCUUCAAGAAAUACAUCGCUUACUGCAGAGCUAAAUGUGGUCCUCGGAUGUCUGCUGCAGCCGCCGAGAAGCUGAAAAACAGAUACGUGGUGAUGAGAAGUGGAGCCAGAGAGCACGAAAGAGAGACGGACAAACGGCCCUCCAUCCCCAUCACUGUCAGGCAGCUGGAGGCUGUUGUGCGCAUCGCAGAGUCUUUGGCCAAGAUGAAGUUGCAGGCUGUGGCUGGAGAGGAGGAGGUGGAUGAAGCCCUCAGGCUCUUCCAGGUUUCCACUCUGGAUGCUGCUCUGUCUGGCAGCCUUUCAGGUGUGGAGGGCUUCACAUCUCAGGAGGACCAGGAAAUGAUCUCGCGCAUUGAGAAGCAGCUUAAGAGGCGCUUCGCCAUCGGAUCGCAGGUUUCUGAACACAGCAUCGUACAGGACUUUACCAAACAGAAAUAUCCAGAGCACGCGAUCUACAAAGUCCUCCACCUGAUGCUGAGGAGGGGUGAGCUUCAGCAUCGCAUGCAGAGGAAAGUGCUCUACAGAGUGAAGUAGAGUCAACUGUGUGCUCGAAUCCACACCCAUGUUGCCGUUGAUGUAAAUAGUUAUGCUUUUCUUAUUCUGUUGGAACAUUAGAAGAUGAUCUGGGUCAUUGUAAAACUUUAAUACUGGGCACUUGUUGAUGCAGGUGAAUCUGGGUUCACCCACAUGUAUUAGACUGUAAACUUAAAUAAG